AUGAAAUCGGAAACCGCCCGCUGUUCCUUCCGUUUCUCUCUCUCUCUCUCUCUCUCUAAACAUGGCGGUGGCACAUGGUGCAAUGAUUCUAUCUCCUGGUGGCCCCCCUGCCCUGCCUGCUCUCCUUCCCUGAAUUCCAAGCGCUCUCUCGCCGCGGGGGACGGGGGGGCCUCUGAUUGACUGCGGUCCAGGAUCCGCGUUGGUGGUUUCGGUACAGCAGCUCGCCAACGGCCCCGCUGGGUACCGCCUUCUGGCUUUCGGCAAUGUAAUCUGGCCUCUCGCGUUGUCUAAUUCCGCAGAUUUCCAGAUUAGCUGCGUCGGCGCCGCUGCGGAGGAUUGAAUUGUGAUCCCCGCGCGUCGAAGGAUCGCUCGAGUGUAGAAAAGAUUUCUGGGUCUGAGCGAAUUGCCCAUUUUAACGGCGUUUCGUAGCUUCCUGUCGCCGAUUUUAUCAGCAUGGGGGCCGCGAAUUCUAAGGUUGAAGAAGAUAAGGCCCUGCAGCUAUGCCGGGAAAGGAAGAAGUUUGUUAGGCAAGCCCUCGAUGGUAGGUGUUCUCUUGCGGCGGCUCAUGUUAUGUACGUUCAGUCGCUAAGGAACACGGGAACUGCUCUCGGGAAGUUUGUCGAACCCGAUGCCCAUGUGGAAUCGUCUUUGUAUACAUCGACGAGUGCCACACCGGGGCCGCUUGCAUUGACGGAGAAGUCCCUUUCACAUUUUUCAUUCUCCUCUCCAUCAUUUUCGCAUCGUGUAGAUACGGCCUAUACUCUUUCCCCAUCUCCAUCUCCUCCUCUGACCUCGACCAUUUAUCAUGCGAAUCAUAUGAAAUACACGGGUACCUAUUCUAGAGAAGUUCAAGAAAAGUUGCCAUCACCUACCACAGGGACAGUGACCUUUUCUAGUAUCCCGCGGAAUACUACGCCAGAUUCCACUGGAAAACCAGGAGCGCCAGCAUUUGAAGAUUCUCCCGUUGCACCUGGAAUGCCCCAAUGGGAUUUCUUUGGUUUUUUCCAUCCGAUCGACCAUCAAUUUUCUUCUCAAGAGGGGAAGCGUAUGAACCAGGGGUUUGAAGAUGCUGAUGACAUAAAAAGGCUUAGGGAGGAGGAGGGCAUACCCGAGUUGGAAGAUGAUGAAGAGAAGGGUUCUACAGACAGAAGUGAAGAAUUUCAGGAUUCAGAUGAUGAAUUUGAGGAGCCUUCCACAGAGACCCUGGUUCGCAGAUUUGAAAAUGUCAAUCGGGUAAAUGAUGAAUCCACGUCUAGUGCCCCUCCCACUGUGUCUUCAGUGAGAAGUGCAACUUCAGAAGGUGAAUUUGCGAAUGGAGACAAAGGCAAGUCUUCAGAUCUGUCAUCACAAAGGGGCAAAUCAGCUGCCGUUGCUCCAUCAACUGAGACAAAGAGAACUCCUGUGAAAGACAACUCUGACGAACAGAAGGUUACAGCAAAGGACUUCUCUUCAAGCAUUAAAGAUAUCGGAUGUCUUUUCAUAAAAGCAUCGGAAUCUGGGAGAGAAGUUCCAAGAAAGCUAGAAGCCAAUGAGUUGCAUUUUCGUCCAAUAUUUCCGGGGAAAGAACGCGCAUCACUCGUUUCUGUCUACCUCAGGACAUGUUUUUCUUGCGGGGAGGAUCGUUGGCAAGUUCAGGAAGAGCCUGCUCAAGCGGCAAUGAAGUACUUAACUUGGAAUAGGACGGGAUCAUCUCGCUCUUCUUCAUCAAGGAAUCCCUUAGGGUUAAAUUUAAAAGAUGAUACCGAGGAGCUUAAUGGCAAUUACACCGGCAGUUUCUGUAUGAUUUCUGGAAGCCAUGCCUCGACCUUGGAUAGGCUAUAUGCCUGGGAGAGAAAGCUCUAUGAUGAAGUCAAGGCUUGUGAUGAGAUCAGGAGGGAUUAUGAUGCCAAAUGUAAAAUUUUAAGGCAAUUGGAAUCAAGAGGACAUCUCGAAUUAAAGGUAAAAACUGACAGAAUUGGUAAAAUUCGUGCUUCCAUCAAGGAUGUACACUCGAGGGUCGUAGUUGCCAUUCACAGAAUUGACUCUAUCUCAAAGAGAAUAGAAGAACUACGCGACAAAGAGCUUCAACCUCAGCUGGAAGAGCUGAUUGAAGGGUUAGGUCGGAUGUGGGAAGUCAUGUUUGAGUGUCACAAGCUUCAGUUCAACAUAAUCUCAGCAGCUCACAGCAGCAGCAACACUAAAAUCCCAGUGUACUCAGAAGCACACCGGCAGCUAACCCACCAUCUCGAAAAUGAACUGAGCUCACUAUCUUCAAGUUUUACAAAGUGGAUUGGAGCCCAGAAAACCUACUUGGAGGCCAUAAACAAUUGGUUCGGGAAGUGCAUUUUGGCUCCCCCAAAACCUUCCAAGAGAAAAAGGUGGGGCGCCCAACCAGCGCCACUGUGGAGCAACGGGCCGCCAAUCUAUGCUACUUGUGGAGUCUGGUUGGAGAAGCUGGAGGCUUUGCCUUCCAAGGAUGUGGCGGAGUCAGUCAAAGGUUUGGCUGCAGAAAUUCACCAGUUUUUACCACGUCAAGAAAGGAACCAAGAAAAGAACACGAAACAUCCUCAAACAACACCGACAUCCUGGGAAGGUGGAACCGGGGCUGAUUCGGAGGUUAACACGUUGAGAGAUCACGCUUCGGAGGACUGGACCACAUGCGUUGACCGCUUCCGGUCGAGCUUGGCUGGAUUUCUCGGUAAGUUGAAUAAGUACGCGGAGUCUUCUGUUGAUAUGUACAUGUCCCUCGAAAAGGGCAUCCAAGGAUCCAAGAGUAAAGUCUGAUAAGUCGAAGUCCCAACCAUGAGAUGUCAUCAGUAUCCAAUACAGAAUCUUGAUCCAGCCGUACGGGGAGGACCGACCAUACAGUAUCGAGUUCAUCUGGAAGCGAACCGGAAAUUCAGUGAGCUUCUUCCCCUUUUCUUCUUGCUCAUGGGGCUUUUUUUACGUGGAAAAUAAAGCUACGGUUUUGGGGGGUUUAUAUGUUUAUCGCCAUGUUGUGUCGGGAAAUAAAAUGGGUGAAGAGAAAGUUGUAUUUUGAGAUGUUCAUAGGCAGGGUGGUAGGUUUUACAUUACGGCUCUGAGCUAGGACCGCUAUCAAACGUAAAGAGGGAUUCACCAACAGAGCUUUCUGUAUAUUAGUUUUGUGAACUCGAUUUAAGUUAUAAUAAAAUCUUUACAGUCGGCUGUGUCUUCAA